AUGGCCUCUGCAACAUGCAUCCAGUUUGGAGAGCGCCACACGGACAUCAAGACUUUGCUAGCUUGGGCUGCCGUGGCCAUCGUCGUUGUCAUCAUCGUCAUUGUCAUCAUUAUCGUCAUCGUCAUCAUCGUCGUCGUCAUCAUCAUUCUUCAGGCUGCUGAAAGGAACAGUUGGCCAGAAAGUAACACUGAAUCCCACAUAGAAAACAUCACCUUUGAUCAGAACCAAAUGGACUUUUCCACAGUGGUCUCCAAGGAGGGUGUGAGGACUCAGACCCCCAGAAAGAACCACACUUCUUCAGAUGCUCCAGAAAACUUCACUCCACAAACUGAAGCAGCAGAUGCUGGAGGAAGAAACGACUCUUCCGGGAAGACAAAUUUCACCAUUUCCCCCGUCGGGGCUGACACAGCAACAGCUCUGACUUCCCAGAGCAUCACCAUAGCUUUGGGAACUCCUCACUUGCCAUCCAGCUCAGGGUCUGAAGGAAGAACUGCCCCUUCGCACACGGAGAGCGCAACAUCCCGGGGUUCCCUGGCGAGAGGAAAGGGGCUCCCAGAAGAAGUGACCGUGCACAGCCAAGUGGCUGCCACUUGGGUUUUAGGCCAGUCCCCUCUUCCUGCUCUGGAGGUGGGAGAAGGGAAGAGAAACAUCUCAGGACCGGCGUUCUCCUGGCUGCCUUUCUCCAGGACACCGGCUUACUCCCCUCCCUCAGAGCCCUCCUCGGCUUCUGGAAGCACAGAAGUGCUAAACAACUCCACUGUUCUCCCAAGCGCCUUGGCGAGUCGGACAGAGAGUAUGCAUGUUGCCACCACGCUCCCCAGUGGUGUCCCAGGGUUGCUCCAGUCCUUAACCAUCAGUCUGUGGCCUCUAAAUGAGACAGAGAGUUUCCUCAAGGACUCCGAAAUUGCCCGGACUUCAGUAUCAGCCCAUUCUUCACACUUUGAGGCAGGGUUGCAAAGAAACAGUGAAGUAAUCAGGAAUCCGGGGGAUGGGGGAUUCAUUGAGCCGUCCACAGAAAAUGGAUUUGGCCUCGCAUCUUCCAGGGUCUCCGUGGGAUUCUGGCAAAAUGAUUCCCCAACCUUGGGAGGAGACCAGCUUGCCAGCAGCUUGGAGGCAGAGCAUGGAAGCCCUGUGUCUCGGACCGAGGCUGUGUCCGGGUCCGUCCCGUCGGGCAGGAGUGGAGACAGCACGGCGCGCUCCUUCUUGACCAACAGCAAGGCGUUCGCAGAUGUGACAGGAAGCUCUACUUCCUAUCCUGAAGUUGUGCACGCUUCAGUUUUGACCCACUUCUCAGCCUCUGCCCCCCAGUCUAGAGGAAGUGACAGAGCGCUGGGCGAUAGGAGCUCCGCUGAGCCGGCGACCGAGUCCUUGUCCUCAUCCUCCUCCGAGAGCCUGGAUUCCUCGGCACCACGUGGUGAACGCUCGAUCACUGGAAUUAGCUACAAUCAAGUGCGUGGCACGGAUAUGGAACAGGGGACUUCUAGUGACUACACAGACCACACCUAUGUCUCAUCUACUUUCACCAAAGGAGAACGGGCGUUACUUUCCAUUAUAGACAACAGUUCAUCCCUGGACUUAAGGGAGAGUUCUACCUCUUCUACUAAGAUCUCGAACUCUUCACAUUCAGACUAUUCUUCCUCUUCUCAGGCUCAGACUGAAAGAAGUAAUGUGUCGUCCUAUGAAAGGGAGUAUGCCCAGCCUUCCACUGAGUCGCUGGGUCUGCGCACAGCCAACGUUCCCUCCUACGCACCCACCAUUAACAUGUCCAACACUUUGGUUCUUCUGGACACUGAUGCUGCAUCGAUUGGUGACUCUUCUUCUCCUUCAGGGCCCCCUUUGCCCCUGCCCUCGGUGUCCCAGUCCCACCAGUUGUUCUCAUCAAUCUCACCAUCAACCGGGGCCUCUACUCUUCCACUGCAGUCCACUCCCGAUGCGCCCACACCGGUGUCUUCCUCACCACCACCCUUACCAGGGUCCCUGACAGCAUCUGCCCCUGCCUCACCAUCUGCCUCCCAAACAACCCUACCACCUUCACUUUCUACCCUGGGCCUGCCCAGGGCAAGAGACACUCCUGUGACUUCAGUUCAGACGGGGACAAUGGCAUUAUCUGUGGCAAUGCUCCCCAGCGGUCAAACAGCAGAUCCUAAGAACCAGAGUCACCCACACCAUGAGAAAGUCAUUACAGAAUCAAAGCCACCAGGCCCGGAGUCUCUGCCCACAGAGGCCCCUGAAGCUAUAACAGUGAGAUCUACGUCAGGGAUCCCUGUGCCCUCGACCUUAACAGAGUCCUCCACUCAGCAAACCCUCCCAGCCACGAGCACCAGCAUACCCCAAACGUCUCCAGCUUUGACAACCACCGUCCUCGAGACCUCUCAUCCCUUCAGCCCUGCGUCAACCACAGCAGCUCCCAUGGCUGACCCCACAACAGUACAGACUACGGCUGAAAAACAGCUCUUGCCAACCAGCCCCGAAAUCCCAGCACCACGGAUCUCCACAGAAAGCUCUGUCACCACAGAAAGGAGCCAAGUCCAUGGAGAUGCUACCAGCCAGUUGAUCCCCCUCACCAGUGUACCCACAUCAGCAAAAGGAUUAACCCCAAGACCUGGCAUGACAGAAUACAGCCCGGCUUCACAUUUCCUCAGAACAUCUCCCCCAACCACAGGCGUUUCCACGGCUGAAGUAUUGACUCCUAAAUCUACCACCGUCGCUGCCCAGAGCAGCACGCAGUCGCCAAAAGCAUUGUCAUCUCCAGCCUCAGUUAACAGCUGUGCCACUAACCCUUGUCUUCACGACGGGAAAUGCAUUGUGGACCCCACUGGCCACGGGUAUCGCUGCGUGUGCUCACCCUCCUGGCAAGGGGAUGACUGCAGUGUGGAUGUGAAUGAAUGCCUCUUGAACCCCUGCCCACCCCUGGCCACAUGCAACAAUACUCAGGGAUCCUUCACCUGCAAAUGCCCGGUUGGCUACCAGAUGGAAAAAGGAAUAUGCAAUUUGGUUAGAACCUUCGUGACAGAGUUCAAAUUAAAGAAAACAUUUCUCAAUACCACCGUGGAGAAACAGGCAGACCUACAUGAAGUUGAAAAUGAGAUCACCAAAACAUUAAAUAUGUGUUUUUCGACAUUACCUGGUUAUACCCGAUCCACAGUUUAUGCUUCUAGGGAGCCCAGUGCAGUGGUCAUGUCACUGCAAACCACCUUCUCCUUGGCCUCCAACGUGACGCUGUUUGACCUGGCUGACGGGAUGCAGAAAUGUGUCAACUCCUGUAGGUCCUCUGCUGAGGUCUGCCAGCUCUUGGGAUCUCAGAGGCGGAUCUUUAAAGCGGGUAGCCUGUGCAAGCGGAAGACUCCGGAAUGUGACAAGGAGACCUCCAUCUGCACCGACCUGGACGGGGUCGCCCUGUGUCAGUGCAAGUCGGGCUACUUCCAGUUCAACAAGAUGGACCACUCCUGCCGAGCAUGUGAAGAUGGAUAUAGACUCGAAAAUGAAACCUGUAUGAGUUGCCCAUUUGGGCUUGGUGGUCUCAACUGUGGAAACCCUUAUCAGCUGAUCACUGUGGUGAUCGCAGCAGCAGGAGGUGGGCUGCUUCUUAUUCUAGGCAUCGCGCUGAUUGUUACCUGCUGCCGAAAGAGUAAAAAUGACAUAAGCAAACUCAUCUUCAAAAGUGGAGAUUUCCAGAUGUCCCCAUAUGCCGAGUACCCCAAAAACCCUCGCUCACAAGAAUGGGGCCGAGAAGCUAUUGAAAUGCAUGAGAACGGAAGUACCAAAAACCUCCUCCAGAUGACGGAUGUAUAUUACUCGCCCACAAGUGUAAGGAAUCCUGAACUUGAACGCAAUGGACUCUACCCGGCCUACACUGGACUGCCGGGGUCACGGCACUCGUGCAUUUUCCCUGGACAGUAUAACCCAUCUUUCAUCAGUGAUGAGAGCAGGAGAAGAGACUACUUCUAAG